AUUAUACUUAAAUGGGUUCUUCAUUUAAUUGCAUAUCUACCAACCAAACCGAGAGUAUCUAAGAUGUGAUGCACUCAUAAAGAAAGAAUGAUCAUCCUAAAUGCUUAUAACAUAAUUGUGAUAAUCGUGAUUAAAACGUAGUAAUGAAUUAUAUAAAGCCAAUAUCAAAAGAUGAUGAUAAGUGCUUUUUUUAAAUAAUGAAAAAUUAUUAAAUUAUAGAGCAAGCUCAAAUACAUACGAAAUAUAAUCGAAAAUUUUACUUAGAAAAAUUUACUAAUACGACAAAGCAAUACAAAUAAAAGAAAAACCAUUGCAAACAUAUUUAUUAACAUUCUUAACUAUACAAAUAUACAAAAAGUACUUAAUUCAAAUCUGAUUCAACUAAAAGAAGAUCUUUUUCUGAAGAAAGCUAACCGAAAUCCAUUCUUUUAUAACAUCAUAAUGUAUAAAGAACAUCCUUUUCUCACUUUUGCAAAUCAGUUCACUUUGAAGAUGAAAAAUAUUUCCCUCCUUUUGAUAACAAGAUUAAUCAUAUAAUUUUUUGA